UCUUUAAUAUUUCUCUAACAUUUAAGGAAUCACUUUGGCGUUUCCUUCUGAUCAUUUCAUUUAAAUUUUUUGCUCUCGUUACACUGAUAAAGAUCCCCAUUCCUCACAAUAAAAUGGCCACUUGUUUGUAUUUUUUCCAGGGUAGAGAUAAGGACUGUAUAUUAUUAUCUUUUGUAAGGUCUACUGAAAACCCAACAAGCUGUGCUGCUUCUCUGCUUGGAGACUGGCACAGGAUAAAUGUGGCUCUUACUCGUGCUAAGAAAAAGUUGAUCAUGGUAGGGUCUCGGAGAACCCUAUCAAAGGUUCCUUUACUUAAACUUCUUAUAAGCAAAGUUGAGGAGCAAACAGGAAUUUUAAUUUUGUCUAAGAAGGAUAUAUAUCGAAAAGGUGAGCUCAAGAGAUGUUCCCAACUCAGAUGAUCAAUGCAAAUUCUUUUAUUCAUAUUUUCUUAGGUUAUUGCAUUAUCAUACAAAUCACAUCCAUUAUGUGAUUUAGAAAUGUAAAUGUAUAUAGUGUACAAAACCAUUUUCCAAUUUUCAAUUUUUGCUUUUCCAAAAUUAAUAUUAUUGGUUACUAAUCGAAUAAUGCAACCAAAAGUAU